UGCGACUGAGAUUCAAAGCACUAGCAUUUAUCUUGUCCUUGUCGAAAAAAUAGAAAAGCGGCGAACAUAGAAAAUCCACCCUGACUUCUUCAUAGCAGCUGCGAGGUACUACAGCUAGCUCACACUCUUGAUAGACAUAACGCAAAAAUAUCGUACAAAAAUAUCAUAGUCAUUUCGUUCCGCGGAAGACGAAUUGUGAAAAUAUGGGUUGUCGUCUUCACCUGCUAUAAUUGUUAGAAAGAGGUAUUUUCAUCCUAUGUAGUGAGGUCUAUGCCAAUAAACGCAGACUCUAAUCCUGUGAUUCUGUACCAAAACAACUUAGAGGCAAUCUCUUUCUUUGUGCAGCACUUAUGAUUGUCAACCAGAGAUCUCAUCAUGUUGAAGUUGGUGCGACGAAAUGGGAACGACGAAGCUUUGCGGUACCAGAACCAGACCACUACCACUUCAUCAAGAACGCAGAAGCAAAAUAAAAAUGAACUUUUUUGUGUAACUCUAACUACGAAAAUGAAAAAAAUCAAUCAGGAGUGCGCAUACAUUUUUUUUGUCUGCGGAAGCUGAACUCGCAUAUGAACAAUUUCGAGUGGUACAUGAAGAAAUAGAAAACAAUAUUAUAUUCCACAGUGGUAAGAGGACGUAGCGGUACGUGAGGACGAGGAGAUUUGGAAUUUCUUGCAAUCGUGAUCAGGACUUUUUCUGUACCAAAGGGUUACCUGAUAAAAUAACAGAAUACAGCUAGCUCUACCCCUAUGCAUGUUGGAUGAGGCGGGAACUGCGUGAGACUUUGAUCGUAAUUUCUAUAUUCUUUCUGGGUAUAACAAACGAGACGAUCAGCGAUCGGAGCCUGGUCUUUACAGCACUGCUAUAGACGAAGAUGGUACAUAGCGAACAAACAAGUUUUUGAAGUAAAUUUUGCAUGGAAAGAUCGCACUAGAGGUGCUGCUCCUACACUUUGGCCUUCCUUGACAAUAUCAAAAACCUACUGCAAAAUAUAGCUAAAGACCUCGAAGAAUAAAGAAAACUAGUUCUGAAACGGCUUUGGAAGAACAACAAAUGCAUGACGGGUGUCUUGUCUUCAAGCACAAAACGUGAACGCGUGCAAAGCAACUACGUACAUGCUCCUGCUUGUUCUACAAGCAGCUUCUUGUCUUUUAUCUGCGUCGCUGUCAUCCUACUAGCAUGUUGAGGAUACAUGAGCGAGAUGAAGUAAGUAGCCGUGUGGGGAGGUGGUAUUAUAGACGCUGGUGGGGGAUGAACAACCAAAUUGAGAGCUGCGCGGAGUGUUUCUUCUGGAGCGUAGCAAAGCGUAACGCUGAGGGAGGACGAAAGAUCUACUAGAAAUACUAAAUAGAAUGAGGAUGUAUUGGAGAGCAACUACCUGCGUGUACUCUUGCGUCGGGGACAGCACAGAAAUUUGCACCGGGUGUAGUAGACAAAAAGUACCUCUACAGAAAAAUAAUGUGGACACAAGACCAAAGCCAAACCACGAACACGAUGCCCAACCGUCGUACGGAGCAGCAACGGUCCGUCCCUUUGCUCCAAGUCCAACGCUGCGAAGACGGUGAUAAGCCGUGAAGAGCGGUAGAAGAAGGUGUAGGUAGUUUGAUAGCAGUUGAUCUCUGGGUCACCCAUGUUGAGAUCUUCACAAUCACAUCGUCCACAGAGCGGGCGCUGCUCCCUGGUCCCAGUGCAGUAUCAGGAGCGGCCAGGAGAACCGGAAGCUGAGGGCGGCGCAGCUGCAGGAGGAGCUGUAACUACAUCUACAACCUCAUUGACAACUACUUCGAGUAAUAAAACGAUGUGGUGGAGAUCGGGAUCCUGCUCAGGACCAUACCGCAACUGGUUCUUGCCCCCCCAAAGAACUACCCCGGCCAAAUUCGAUGAACCUUCGUCGCCUUCGCGAAAAGGUAGGGCAUCAGGCUGUUCUGGAGUAGGAGCCAUGUCUCCACCUACGAGUGAAGAAGAAGUAGAUGAGGAAGUGAUUCUUUUCGGAGGAAGCCGAAUUAUAAACGUAGAAGAAGCUGCGACUGCAGAGGCCGCAGAUUCAUCUUCCAGCAGCAGGUUGUCCGAAACAUCUAGAGUCAGGAUACGACGCCCCGGCCUGAUUGGGGCGUUGGGAGCAAAGCUAGCCAUCCCAGCUGCUCUUUUUUUCGACAAUGCCGCUUUUCUCCAAGCCAAGACGCAGUCCCGAAUAACUAUGGAAUUUGCGGGCGGGAGAAGUAGUGCGCAACAGAGAAAUAAAGCGAAAAAGUAUUUUCGCUGGAAGACGGCGGGCAGUUCCAGAAGAGCAAGAGCAACGUCAUCGUCGCGCAAAAAUAGAAUGAUGCAGCCUUUCUCAACAUCUUCCUCGUCCGAGAGUGCGUUAGCAGCAAGGAAACGAAAGAGCAAAAGCCUGGCGGCGAUUGCGAGAAGGGACGAAGAAAACCAAAGUCUUCGAUCUGCCAGGAGCGAUGUUCCGUCCAGUAUGGUUGGCGCAAGCGAGCGGAAACGAAGCAGUGCGAACACCGAAAUGGACGACGACUACAAGUUCAAAAUGAACAUCCAGACAGAAGGCGCUGCCGGGGCUGUGGUAACCGGGAAGGAAGAAGCACUGGCCAAGGCCACGGGGAAAGAAGAAGCACAAGCAAGCGGUAAAGAAGGCGCCAUUACCAGUGGAAAAACCGAGGGAAAAGCCGCAGCCGGAGACGGCACUUUUGUGAAGAAGGUGGAGCACAGGCAGUGGCAGCCGCACUACACAACGGUGUACCACGCGAAGCUACCCGGGGGAAGUUACACGGAGCAUUCGCCGUUGAGUUACUUGGACGAUAACAGUCUCACCACCGGGACGAGAUGCAUUCUGCACAUGCUGUUACUCUACUGCAUCGUGCUCACGACCACUUCCGCAUUGCAGUGGUGGCUGGUAACGAUGGGAGGAACGCCGAAGAUCGAGGGGCUGUUGGCGAUUCUCCAGUCCUGCAAGCACGUCAUUUUCGUCAUGCCCAUGCUGGCGAUCCUGUUUCUAGCGACCCGGAUUCGGUGCCAGCAGCUGGGGAAGGGAUUGCCGACCAAAUACGACCUGCCAUUACCGUAUGAAUAAAAAGUUUUUUGUGUUCUUUGUUAGUCUUAAGUAGUUUGUUUUGCAUUUUCAGACUCAUAGCAACGAUGUCGUGCCGCCUGGUGGAGCAUAUAAGAUAAAAGUACCGCCUGGGCACAGGAAUCAUCAAGUCGAACUUGAAACGCCACCACAGGUGGAUGAAGGACUUUAUGGCGUUUUCUGCCUACGGAAGAGAAAGGACCUCUUGAAAUUUCGGCUUGUGAUCAUGCGGCUCUUGGUCUUGCGAGUUCAAGAUGGCUCUGUAGCUGUCACGACAUCAUGAUCAUGCAUAAAAAGCUGUGCUGCUUUACUUACUUUCACCUAGCACAACGCGACCAGAAGCGGGACCAUUAGAUUCAUCGAAAUUUCUUUCCCUCUUCCAUACCUGCAUCGCCAUUACGAUCCAGCUUGCGUUGAUGUUUGUGACCCCGAUCUUGUCCGGCAAACUUCCGGAGGUGGAUCACGAGGGCAAUCUGAUUCUGGACCCGAGGAAGGACCCGGCGCGCAGCCGCAACACGGCGAUGAAAAUCAUGUUGAUCCUCCGCCUUGUCUGCGUCCUCAUCAUUUUUCUCUGCGCGCUCGCGGUUGCGAAGGGUAACGACGACAUGGCGGACAUCCCGGCCGUCAUUAACCUCUGGCGCCCCAUGGCGCCACCGGCAGUGUCGCCGGCGGUGGGGGUGGUGUUUUACUUCUCCUACUUCUUCUUCAGCGUGUAUUUCCUGCAGGGAAUAGUGCGCUUGCUGAACUGGAAAUCCUUCGACGCCGUGCUGCAAGUAGCAACAACGUCCAUGCAGAUUGUGCCGGUGUUGUGUGCACUUAUUCUGGCCUCCCGGAUGCGCGCACUGCAGAUCGACCCGGUCUCGGGGGCGCCGCAGGUAAACACGUUGCGUUUUCAUGUGAUAGUACUAUCAUGCACUGCGAGGUGCAUGAUGGAUGCUUGCAUCUUCCCUGUCUUGCUGACAUAGCAAAUGAAGCAUGAUAGACAAGUAGGAAAGAAAGACCUUUUCAACCUUAAUAUGCCAAGCCGCAAAAAUGAAAACAACAACCCAGCAUUGGUGCCAGAAGCUUUUCUACGUGACCUUUGUCGCGGUGAUUAUCCAAAUUGUCGCAAUCCUUGCCACCGCUCUGUUCAUCGGCGGGCAGCACAGCGAAGAAAAGCAAGACCCGAACGCAAGCACCGCUGCGGUGCAGAACAAGUUUCACGUCCGCUUCCCUGGCAUGUUCGCCUUUCUGAACGCGAUCCGGUUUUUCGCUCUCAGCGCGGUCUUAUCCUGUGUAAAAGUAUCGUUCUCGUGCUAAUUGCGAAUAUGCAUGACAAAUGUUUUGCCUGAGGCAAAACAGCACUACAAAUUCCACUUCCCUUCUUGCCAAAAUUAUUUCUAAUGCAAUUUAUACUAGAACUAGUGUGAUACUUUUGCAAAGCAUAAGUCUACGCGUCUAUUUUAGGGAUAACGUUUGCCAUCUCGCAGAUGAAAAACGACGCGGACACGGCGGUGACUGUCCACACACCGCCAAUGAGCCAGACACUAAUGAACCUUUUGGUGCUGGUUUACCUGCACUUGGCGGUACUUCUACAAAUGGAAAGUUUUGUGAUGUGUAAGCGUAAACCUAAAAAACCCGUUAACUAUGGCACUGUAUUUUUGAAAUGCAGAUCAUGAAGAAGCUGCCUCUCUUUCUACUUCUAGUACUUGUCAUAAAGAAAAGUCGUGCCAGACGAUGACGAUGCAAAGGAAAAUCAACAAAACGACUACGACAAACUAAAACUCCACAACUUGUUCAGUCUCACCUGAUCCAGUAUGGGAUGACCGUUUACCGCCAAGUCAUGACGCAUAUCAAAUGCAAAAAUGUCUGGGUCUGGAGGAAGAAUGCAAGAUUUGUCAUGCAUAUUUCUCAUGACCCAUGAUGCCUGUAAUGCAUGACCUACCAGCGCAGACUUUUAGAGGGCUUCCUGAUACACCUUCCGCAUGAGAAAUGCCCUGUUCGUGUAGCGCAAAUUGUAUCCCUCAUCUUGCUGGUCAUCGUCAUGCAAUACAAAUUUUUUCAGAAUCCAAAAACAGCUUGACAAGUAGUUGCAAUCCUCCAGACCCAGACAUUUUUGCAGUUGAUAACGCAGACCCAGAAGCAAAUUCCUGACAAGACCGAGCAGAUGCACAAGAUGAUUACACGGUGGCUGGACCACGCCAAAUCCACCAUUCUCUUCAUCCCGAUGAUUGCCGUUUUCGAGCUGCAGCUCUCCAUGCGGGCCCGGCAAAUGACGUUCAACCAGACCGAUGACUACCCGACCAACGGCGACUGGAAGAUCCCGGUCUCCAUGUGCGAGUGGAUCGUCACCGCGACUAUCUGCGCCCUGUUUUUCUCGGUGCCCUUUAUCGUCACGCGGGCCGGACCCUCCGCAGGAAACAUGACGGGGGCAAAAGCCUACGCGGUGUCUUUUUUCCGUGGCGUCAUGACCAUUGUUCUGUACGUGGGGGUGGGAUUGUGCGUGUUAGCCAUGUUCGACCCCGGUGUUUCGCUGAAAAAUGUGGACACCACGGGCGGCGUGCAGCGGAGGGUGGCAUCUUCCGGGUGACCAAUUUCUUAUCGCAGUGCUGAGAGGAAAAGGCCGGAGUGACUAGGUCCUUGUUAUGACCACUGUCGCUCAUGAGGAAGCGCCGAGUGUCGUGUGUGUUUCAUAGUGAAGCUCCUUAGCAUAAUUUUUUUCAAUUGUACGAAUAAUACCAAAAAGGUGGACGACCGAGUACUUGAAUGAUACUGGUGCGUCAACAGUUUUGAAAUUCAAUAUGCUUGGUUCAGACGUCACACAAGGGAGAAGGCCUCCUUCGCUUCAAACUUGUUGCAGACGGUAAACCACUUAUCUUUUACCAUGUUUCAGUCACGUGAACUACAAGAACAGUUCCCAGGUAAUUAAAACAACGUCGAGUAGGCAAGAUAUCAAUACACAAAAUACUGAAUGAUUUUGAUUGCAACUACGAUAACGAUUAAUAGUAACGAUGCUCCUACACCUACGACUCACUUUGCAAAUUUUUCUUGAAUUUAUCUCGGGCACCAGCGACACAGCUUGACUACGAAGUAGCGAGAUGUUGUUGACUCAUACCACCACGCUGAAAGAGGUACCGAAUAGAUGUGGAGUCAAAGAUGAUGAACCAGAAGCGAGUUAUCGAACAGAAUGAAGCAUAGUGCUCCUCUCGCUUCACGGAAGAACAAAAACUACUCACGUUGAUGAAAUUCAGACGACACAUCAGUAACGACCAGUUUUUUCCCUGUAUCAAAAGUCUUUUGAUGAUCAAGAAGCGGAGGUUUCUGAAGGUGCAACGAGUUGUGCCAUGUGUACUAGUACUCGUCUGCAACAAAAUUCGCUUGGUUUGCAGUUUCCUUCAGGCCCAUGCGACGCAUGAUAAGAAUGUCUUCAUCUACUCCAUUGAUGUUCGAGAUCGGAAACCCAGAGGACAGAGAAGCAAAGCGAAGCUGAGCUCCACCCAAAUACGACAAGAAAUCUUCAAAGAUCCCCAAAUUGGC